GUCUACGAGGUGAGGUUUGGAACCACUAACCCGGUUGUACACUUAUCACCAUGGUUGAGACCCGUAGUGGGACGGAGACUAGUUCCUACACCCCUGAGCAGCAAGCAAAGAUGGCCGCCUUAGUGAAAAAGAACAAGGAGAGAAGAGAGCGUGAGAAGCAGGCGAAGCUAAAGGCUAUCGCAGAUGAGCAGGCGGCGAAGAUGAAGAGGUUGGAGGAGGAGAUGAAGAGAGUGCAACAAGAGGAGGAAAAAAAAAGAAAAGCUGCUAAAGCAGAAGCGGCAGCAGAAGAAGAGAAUGAGAGAAUGAAAAUUGAGAGUGGAGAAGGGAGCAGUGGUGGCACGAUGAAGUGGGAGACAGACACUGAGCUGGAGAAGAAGAUCAGCGAGUGGGUCGCUAAUUCAUCGUUGGGGGAAGACGAGGAGGCGGAGUCCUAUGUGACUAAGGAUGAGAAGGCUGCGCUGACCGCAAAGCUAGCAGCCAUGACAAACCCAAUGGAACGAAGAGAGAGGGAAGACGAGCAAAAGUUAGCAUGGAAGUUGAGAAUGAAGAGGGAGAAGAAGAGGAGGAGAGAGGAAGUGAAUAAGAUGACCGCAACAGUGGCGAAGGUGCAGGAGUGUAGCGCGGAGGUGCUGGCCCAACAAGAUGAUAAGGCCAAGUGGGACAAAGUACUGGGCUAUCUAGAGGUGUUGAGCAAGGCCUGGAUGGAGGAGCAUCAGGCAAGCUGGAGCCAGGAUGUAGCGUUGAGUGCCAUGCGGUUCGGGUUUAGGGAUUUUGCGAGCGAAAUCGUCACCCACAUUGGGGGCGAAGUCAAACAGUUGAGAGACAAUGUAGGGAAGUUUUGUGAGGGCGCCAUUCAGGGUGCCAAAGCUGCAGGCGCUGUAAAAGGAGAGGGCAAACCCCGUAAGGACCCAGUGAAACUUAAGUUCCCAGACGCGUACGGGGGAAAGAAGGACGAUAACUUUGACAACUGGGAGACCAGUAUCAAUAGUUACAUUUACUUACAACGUAUCCUAAUAGAGGAGCAAGUCCUCGUGGCGUUCCAGGCCCUGAAGGACGAAGCGGCUAGCUUCGCCAGGUCUCUCGCGCGUACAGCCGGUUGUGAAAACAACCUGGUUGCAUAUUCCAAAGUCACUCCUCUUUCCCAAUUCCUGAAGCUCCUCAAGGAGCGGUUCGCUGACCCAACGCGAGGCAUUAGAGCCUCUGAUAAGCUCCAAACAAUCCACUCCCGGCAGUGGAGGAGUGCUAAGGCACUCAAGGGUACUAUGGACGACUUGGUAGCCGUCCCGGACCACGGGGUCACUGAGCCCCAGCUGGUCCAGUUGUUUUAUCGUGCCAUUCCAAAGGCCCUACGCGGGCAUUUCUUUGACAAAUCUCAGCAGGCCGGCAUGACUUACAAUGUAUUGAGUAGAGAAGUCGUUCUGUAUGAGUCGAACUCUAUGCCAGUUACCACUUUCUGRCAUAAGGACCUGGAGAAGGGGAAGAAGUGGAAAGAUCGUACCAUCUCGGGCCAAGUCAAGGCUAAGGAUCACUUGAUCCUGACAUUAAAGGAGGGUGGUACAGAAGAGGUCCCAUAUGAUUAGAUUGAGUGGGGCCUAGGGGAGGAGUACAGUUGUGUAGGGCAGGGGAGGUCGUACGCUGCUGUUGCGGCC